AUGACACUAGAAUUAUGUACAAUUUCAUCACAACAACACCAUACUUCCACUAUUACUACAGCUACUUCAGCUGCUACUACGCUUACUGAUGCCACUGCUACGGUUAUAACUGACUUUGAUUCUAAUUUCACUACAACAACUAGUAUGGAUGAUAUACUUUAUGCUACAGUUGAUGAAAAUGAUGAAAGUAUAAUUGAGUUAAAUAGUCGACAAGAAAAAAUAUAA